AUUCCCGAUCGAGCCACAACUCAAGCCUUCAUGUCCAUACUCCCAAUCUACCGGAGAUAUAUUUGCUCUGGGAGGUAAGCGAACGAGUCCUCUUCUCCAUACGGCCGGCACCGCACACAUACAGUGAGGAUGAGAAGGAAAGGAGGCAAGGUCCUGACGGCGCUGGCUGCGGCGGCGUUCGGAUUCGUCGUCGGCAUUUCUUUUCCGGUGGUGAUCACACCCAAGCUUCAGUAUGGUGGCAUGAUGCCAUGGUCGAGUAGUAGCGGCGCUGCAAACUCCAGCUUCCUUGACAUGAGCAUAUUGGGCAGACUAUGGCCGCCAUCCAGUCCAAAUCUGACGAAUUCUGCGUUUGCAGAGGUUGCAACAGCAAGAAACCCUGAAGAAGGCGCGGAGAGGCGACUGCCGCCGGGGAUCGUGGUUUCGGAGACCGACCUUCACCUUCGCCGGCUCUGGGGAUCCCCAACACAGGACAGCGCGACUCGCAAAUACCUUCUUGCGCUCGCUGUAGGGUACGAUGAGAAAGCCAAUGUCGAUGCAACCAUUCAGAAGUUCUCCGACAACUUCGACAUCGUGCUGUUCCACUACGAUGGCCGCACCACGGAGUGGGAUGAGGUGUUUGAGUGGUCCAAGGAGGUCGCGCAUGUCAGCGCAAGGAAGCAGACCAAAUGGUGGUUUGCCAAGAGGUUCCUGCACCCGAGCAUCGUGGCACCUUACGACUACAUCUUCCUAUGGGAUGAGGACCUCGGUGUUGAGAAUUUUACCGCGGAAGCGUACCUUGACAUUGUGAGGAAGCACGGGCUAGAGAUCUCACAGCCGGGGCUAGACGCAACCAAUGGGACGACGAAUUAUGAUAUCACCAUCAAGAGAAAUGACAGCGAGAUUCACAAGACAGAUGCAGCGAGGGAAAGUUGCCGGGACGUGCACAAGCCGCCAUGCAGCGGGUUCGUCGAGGUGAUGGCGCCCGUCUUCUCAAGGGAUGCUUGGAGAUGUGUGUGGCAUAUGAUCCAGAACGACUUUGUCCAUGCAUGGGGUCUUGACUCCAAUUUCUGGAGAUGCGUCCAUGAUCCCGAAGAGCAGAUCGGUAUCGUAGAUGCGCAGUACUUGGUCCAUCAUGCAGUUCCCACACUCCAAGGCCAGGGUGAGAAAGAAAAGGAAGGAGGCCGUUCGGAGGUAAGAGCGCGUCAAUUUGAGGAGAUGCGCGCCUUCCGCUCCAGAGUCUCCGAUGCGGACGACGAACUCGCCAAUAGAACAUCAUCAAUACAGAACUAGUACAGACGGUUACUUAGCAGAGUAUACACAAUUAAGUCAAUAAUUAAAAGGUUUGACUUUUUUGAAUAGAGAAGGAUAAGAUGCAUUAGGUGAUAAUACAUUCAUUCUUUAUGUUUCGAAUCAUCAAGUUUUGUGUUGCUUAUUAACACUAGUUCACGUGAUAAAUAUAUUCUUUCUUCA